AAUGCACCUGCGCCCCAGGGACUCUUAAGUAAGGCCCAUUCCCGGCCAUUUUUGGCUCAAAGAUAAAACCACCGCAUUCACCAGGUACCGUGGGGCAAGCUGAAAGGUAAAAACAUGGCCAGUUUCCUUGGCUAUCCCUGGUAUAUCCCCGGACCUGGGGGGGCCGUAGUUACAACUGACUGGUGCAUUAGUUCAAGAAUUAUGUGCGUUUAGGAAACUUUUGUAACAUUUGGAUAUUCAUUUUGUUCCCUAAACGCCACAAGUCGACUGAUUCAUACCAAUGUAAAAUAUAUUCUUCAACUGUAACUCCACAAUACUUAAUACUUCACUGUUCAAUUAAAACACAAAAGUUACAAUUUAAUUAUUUUAGCCAAUACCUUUUACUUAUUACACUUUAGUGUUUUAUGAAACAAAAAUAAUUAGUUUUAUUCAGAUCGAGUUCUGUCAAUAAAGCAUCGCCAUUUUGAAACCAUCUAGCGGGUGCCUGUUAUCUUUCCGCUCAAUAUACUUAGCGCUGGGAUCUGUCAUUCUUGGCUGGGUAAACAACAAGUGGGUUAUGGACGCGUGGAGUCGACAAAUAAAAAAUCGUCAAAGACUCUGAAGCGGCUGUUUAUAUGGACUAUUCAAAAAUGGGGUCAAUCCUUAUUAUAAGAAAACACACAAUGAUCAAGAAGGCAACCUGUCAAGUGUGUAAUGAGGUGGAACAUAAGUACAGAUGUCCAAAGUGCAGAAUAGUGUAUUGCUCCUUGGAUUGCUACAGAACACAUAAAGAUUGUUGUAUCGAAAAGGAACCAGAAAAAGAAGUUGCCCAAGUACUUACCCAAGUAGAUGUCUCAGAAGUGCCAGACUAUCACCUCGGUGAGGAUGGUUCAGAAGACCGGGUUAGCCUCCAGCAACUACAGGCUUUAGAAGGAAGUGGAGAGUUACGUGUCCUGUUGGAAAACCCUCACCUCCGUCAGAUGAUGACCUCCCUUGUCCACUCCAAAGUUCCUGGUUCCCUGCUUGAGGCUGCCAUGCAGGAACCAAUCUUCACAGAAUUUGCUGAUACAUGUCUGUCUAUUGUUGAUGACAAGAAUAAAGUGAAAUUGGUAGAUGGUUAAAAUGGCUUUGUUUGUAUUGCUGAUGCCAAUAAUGGUUUGUUUUGUAUCGCUGAUUAUCCCAAUAUGGCUGACUGUGUAGCUGAAUUAAUAAUUGCUACAAAUCUUCCUUAAAAGAAACACUUGAGAUAAAAGCUCAAUUGCACUGCUAUUUAAUACACAAAUAUCAAAGUGUUUGGGGCCUAAUUCCACUGUAAUGUCACAGGCCUUUGUAUUAUAUGUUUCGCCUACCCACAAAGCAGUCCCAAGCUACGUCUUGGGAGUUUGGUAUAUUUAAAAAGCAUCACCUAUUCCUGCUAUUCUUUUCACUACCAAUCUGUUCAGUGACCUGUUUUCUUGGGCUAGUUUUAUUUUUUAGCACAUUGAGAGCAUAUUCCAAUAUAUUCAGGUUUUCUAAAGAAUGUUUCUUCCUCCAUUUUAAACAAAAUCACAAUAUGAAUGUGCUACGAUUAGCAAGCAUACCUUACUUUUUAUGUUGUGUAUAUUAUUGUCAAAUAGGAAAUGUGCAAAUUUUUCCAUUUACAUAUAGUCUGUUAUAACUGUUUGAGACUGUUCAUGUGCAUAUAAUUAUAUAUUUCAUGGUAUAUGUUUCAAGUGUAUAUAUAAUGUAUCUAUGUACAAAGAUGAACAUUCAAUAAACUAUAAAACUAUU